AUGGCCGCAAUGUGGCAUCCGUACUACCCCGAGAACGCAGAGCUUCCGCACUACAUCGCCAACGAGACCCCCCUCCCCAAGCUGCUGGUCACGUUCGCGGCCACCAUCGCCAGCGUUGCCGUCGUUGCUGUUCUAGUCGCUAGAAAGCUCCGUCCCCAGAUGAUUAUCUCGGAUCAACUUGUCGUGGCUUGGUUCGCUCUUUGCUACUUCAUCUGGAACCACCAGCGCCUUGCGAGUAUGCAGACACUCUUCGCCCAGCUUUGGAAGGAAUACGCAUUGUCCGACUCACGGUAUCUAACCUCGGACCCAUUCAUGCUCUGUGUUGAGUCUUUCACGGUUGUCGUAUGGGGGCCCGUCUGCUGGGCUAUCGUCAUCGCCAUUGCCCAGCGAAACCACAUUCGCUAUCCCCUACAGAUCAUUAUGUGUGUCGGACACCUAUACGGUGUUGUGCUCUACUACUCGACCAGCUUGACCGAGCUGUACUUCAAUGGCGUAUCGCACAGUAGGCCUGAGUUCUUGUACUUCUGGAUAUAUUACGUCGGUUUCAACGCGCCCUGGGUUGUGGUUCCCGCUGGUAUGCUUCCCACUCCCCCCUUUGCACCCCAUGGCGGCUCUUUUGUUGCAUACGAAUACUAA